UAGUCAUCGAGCAAAAAUGGAAAAUAAAAAAUCUGCGCAGUCUGGAAGCGGAAACGAACAGAGGGAUUUGCUCGUGACGGGGACGCUGAUCUCUGUGCCGCGCAGUUCCUCAGAAACACAAUGCAAAACAAUUUGAGCGGCUACCGUUAAUGGGAUUUUCCGCCAUUGAUGAGAUCUCCUUCGGCAAAGAAGUUCCUUCUGUGAGGAAGAUGGGGAUGUCGGCGAAGCGGUUGAGAGAAGUUCUUCUCUUUGUUUGUUCGGUGGAGUUUUGGAGGAUGGCAGUUCUUUGGUCCAUUGCUCUUAUUACCUCAUACUUCCAGUUACUUCUACAAAGCCUCCACAUUCAAAAGUCUUACUCUUACCCUCGUCGCUCCCCGGAAACAUCUGCCUUUAGACCUGUCUGUAUCAUCACUGGUGCUACAUCAGGUUUAGGUGCAGCUGCAGCCCGAGCUCUCUCAAAAGAAAGUUUCACCAUCGUACUUGUUGGACGAACCCCUGAUGCGUUAUCGAAGACUGCUGCAGAGAUUCGAAAGUUCAAUAAGGAGGCCCAUCUCAAAGCUUUUGAAGUUGACAUAUCUGACUUCCGCUCGAUCUUUCAUUUCAAAGAAUCUCUUCAGCAGUGGUUACAGGACUCCAAUAUGCAUCCUUCUGUCCAACUCUUAAUAAACAAUGCUGGGAUACUUGCAACGUCUCCGAGAAAGACAGCUGAAGGAUAUGAUGAAAUGAUGGCGACAAAUUACAUCGGGGCUUUCUGCUUGACCCAGCUUUUAUUGCCUCUUCUCAUCAACAGCCCUGUGCCUUCAAGGAUUGUGAAUGUUACAUCGUUUACGCAUCGAACUGUGGGCUCUAUGCAGGUUGACAGGCAAGCUGUGGAAGGCAAGUGCUUCUUGAGAUCGAAGCAAUAUCUAUUUGCUCAAGCUUAUGAGUAUUCCAAAUUCUGCCUCCUGCUAUUUUCCUAUGCACUUCACCGGAAAAUUGGCUUGAUGGAGAAAGCAAGUCAUGUUUCUGUCAUACCUGCAGAUCCUGGGGUAGUUAAAACUAACCUCAUGAGAGAAGUUCCCCCGUUCCUUUCCAGUUUAGCCUUUGCAGUCCUAAAACUUAUGGGUCUUCUGCAGUCACCUGAUGAUGGGGUUAGGUCGAUCAUCGAUGCUGCGCUCGCCCCUCCAGAAGCGUUGGGAGUGUACUUUUUUAGCGGGAAUGGCCGGACAAUUAACUCUUCUCCUUUCUCGUAUAAUGCAAAACUGGCAAGCGAACUGUGGUCUGCCUCCUGUGAUCUGUUCACCGAACUAGAGCUUGCUUACAAAGAGUCUUAACUCUUUUUACAUUUUUACUGAAUCAUGAGAUCUUCCCCUCGCCGAGGAAGCGAAAAGGUGUAACAAAUAUCGUGUCCGCUUGAUUUAGUCUGUACCGAGUAGAGUUCUUUGCCCUCUGCUUUCAUAGCUGUAUGUAAUAAUACAUGGAACAUUUUAGAGCAGAAAAGCCCUUCAUUUGCUUGUAGAAGCUUAGAUUCGAAAUCUUCGUCUCAUGCUUAUGUUCACUUGGUCCUCUACCGAGACAUUAGGUAAAAUAGAAACUAUGCAUAUAGUCGAGGCAAAUUGUAAUUUUCGGUUUCUCUUUUAGUAAGUUGUGAUGUUAGACUAA